CCGCCCCGGUAGGUUUAUCUUGUGACUACGGCGGCCGCUGCUUCCUUCCUCGGGCUUGGAAGUUCCUUAGCAGCGAUGCGUUUCCUGACUGCCGCGUUCCUGCUCCUGGCGCUCAGCGCCUCCGCCCUGGCAGAGCCGGUGCAUUACUUGGAUUGCGGUUCCGGAGUUGGCGUCAUAAAGGAAGUGAAUGUGAUCCCAUGCCCUGUGCAGCCCUGCCAUCUGCAGAAAGGACAGUCUUACACUGUCAAUGUCACUUUCACCAGCAACACUCAGUCUCAAGGGAGCAAAGCCGUGGUGCAUGGCAUUGUGAUGGGCGUUCCGAUCGCCUUUGCCAUCCCUGAGGCCGACGGCUGUAAGAGCGGCGUCAACUGCCCCAUAGAAAAAAACAAGACCUACAGCUACAUGGCUAAACUACCGGUGAAGAGUGACUACCCCUCUAUAAAACUGGUGGUGAAGUGGGAACUUCGAGAUGACAACGACCAGUGUUUCUUCUGCUGGGAAAUCCCAGUUCAGCUUGAAAACUAGAGCCGUUUGAUACCAGUAUGUCCAUCUGGGGGUGAGAGAGAGAGAAGAGGAAAAAGCAAAUCUAAGCUAAAUCAGUGCCAUAAGAUGAAAGGAAUUUCUAGACUGUUGUUUUAUGCCUCUCAGCCUCCAGCCGCAACUAAGGCCCUGUUUCCUGAGAGCUCAGAACUGCUGCCCUGUAAUAACUUGUAAAAGGGUUGAAGGAAAGGAGAAAGAGAGAGAGAGAGAGAGAGACUAGAGGGAUUGCGAGAGAGAGAGAGACUAGAGGGGUUGAUUUAAUUGUCCUCAGUGACCUUUGCUGUUGGAAUAAGGAGGGUCCAGCCAGGCAGGACCAGAAUGAGGCUGCUUAGGACCAGAAUGAGGUUGCCCUGGGGUUAUCGGCCCUUGCAGCAAGGAGAGGUUUCAGACCAUGUUCCUCUAGCUAGGGUAUUACAUCUCCAAGUGCUUCAUUGAGUUCAUUGCAUCUGGCCAACAAACCUGCUGACUUGACAGCACCUCCAGCUCCGCUGCUUCAGCAGUGAUGACUUGUUCUGCAGUGGUAUCCAGCGCUUCGCUGGAGGGGGGUGGUCUGCGACAGAAAGUCAGCUCUGGGUGGCUGGUUCUCUGGUUCUCGCGUGUCUCCUUUUCUUAGGUGGUUUUCAUUAAAUGCAACACUUAAUUAGCAGAU